AUGGCAAUAAGUGAUUCACCUGAACGACAAAUGACUCUAUCGCAAAUCUAUCACUAUAUUGACGCUCGUUUUCCAUACUACCGUAAUUGUGAUCCAAAAAGACGUCAAGGAUGGCAGAAUAGCAUCAGGCAUAAUCUGUCCUUAAACGAUUGUUUUAUCAAGAAAGCACGUGAUGGUGUUGGACCAGCAAAUGAUCGUAAGGGAAACUUCUGGACAUUAUCACCAGAUAGUAUCAAUAUGUUUGAUAAUGGAAAUUUCAAAAGGAGGUAUAACUAA